AUGAAUCGAAUAAGUGAUAAAAAUAAUAAUACAAAGCUUAAACGACGAAUUUAUUUAGAAUCCAAUCGAAUAAUACGUUACAUGCAAGAUAAUUCAUCAGUUAUUGUUGGUGGUCAUGGUAAUCAAGCUUAUAUAUUAGCUAAAGCUCCAAUAUAUGAUGAAUGGAUUCGAAAUAGUUAUGAGCUUCAAGUUUGGCAAACAUAUUUUAAAAUGGACACACAAGAUAAACAUUGGACAAAGAAGUUAUUACACGCACAAGAAAAACCUCAAGCGAGUGCUACAAUCACGAAUCGACAAGUUCAAAUAAGUACUUAUUGGACUCAAACUACAGCUGAUGCAAUAAAUUCAAGAACUGCAACAAUUUCAUCAUCAGCAGCAAAUACUGGUCGAAUUCGUGAUGCAGUUGAUCGACUGAAAACAGCAAUUUUAAAAUAUAUUCAACAUUGUACACAACAUGUUUUUCACAAGAAAAUUGACGAAGGAUUUGAUAUUGAAUCGGAUGCUGGUUAUAUAGCAUUUAAACAUUAUAAUGAAUUACGUGAAAAACGUUUUAAUUUCGAAGCUGAACAAUCGAUCUAUUUUUUAGAAGAACAGCGAGUUGAGGGCGCCGUCAACGAGCAAGAAGAAAUUGUUGCCUUGACUGUCACACGAUCAUUAACCGAGGAAGAACAUCAAUUAUUAAAAUUAGGUCCUCGGUUUAUUUAUAAUGAUCCAAAAGCGGCUUCUCGACGACGUACAACUGAGUGGACUAUGUUAAAACGUAAAAUUGAAGCUCGACUUUUCGAAAAAAAAAGUAAUACAAAUCGAAAACAUAAACAACGAUGUGAAAUAAUUUCACAUGAUAGUUUAUUAGAAAAGAUUCAAUUGAAUCAAUAUCAAAUUACUAAAUGUCAAGUUAUAACUGAAAAAACGAAGAACUAUGGUAGACUGGUAAAUUGCAAGAUUAUCACAAAAAAUCCGAUGAAUAUAUGGAAAAAAACUGAAGCAUAUGAAUGUUUACAUCAAAAUAAUCCAUUACCAAAUUUAAUUGAACGUACAAAUAAAUAUCUAUUAAACUUAAGAUUGACUAAAUGGAUUACACAGAAACAAUAUCAACAAUCAGGCAUUAAACCAAAUGAAAUGGGAUUAGAUCAUCUUUAUUCUUUACCAAAAGCUCAUAAACCUAGCACUCCACUUCGUCCAAUUAUUUCUGAUCUCAAACAUCCAACUAUAAAAAUAUCAAAGGUUCUCGAUGAAUUACUUCGACCACUAUUUAAUAAAAUGACAUCAAAUACAACUGUUACUUCUGGAACUGAACUUAUUAAACAGUUACAUCAAUGA